AUGGAAGAUGGACAACAGUUGAAAGAGCUUGAGAAAGGUGUUACAGAGUUAAGGAAUACAAAAGCAGACUCGACAUGGAUAAAAGGAUAUGUAGAUGCAACAAAAGAACGUAUUUUCGCAUGGACAGAAGGAACAUACCCACAAAAAUAUCAUAGACAUAGCAUCUCUGACGUAAAUGAACUUGAAGAAAAGUUAUAUAAAAAAGCAGACAAAACAGAGCUUCAAACAUUAAAGACAGAAAUACUUCAAACACUAUAUCCUAUAGGUUCUAUUUACACGUCAAUGAACUCUACCAGACCAGAAGUAGUACUUGGUCUCGGAACUUGGACUCAAAUAGUCGACAGGUUUUUGUAUUGUGCAAACUCUUCAAAGGAAACAGGUGGAAGUAAAACGAUUUCAGGUGAAAACCUACCUGCACACAGUCACUACAUAAAUUUAACUACAGCUGAAGCAGGUUUGCAUAGUCAUAGAUUUUGGGAUUGGUCAGGAAUGACAAAAGGUAAAGGAUAUGAUGUUAAAGAGGACGUUAAGUUUGCUAUAAAUUGUUACUGGAGUAACACUGAGGUAGGAGGAAGCCAUACACAUCGCGUUUCAGGGUAUACGCAAACAACGGGACAAAGUAAAGACUACAUGCCACCUUACAUGACAGUUUACGCAUGGUAUAGAAUUGCUUAG